AUGUUUAGAGAGAUCCAAGAGCGAGUUGCUAAGAGAGUGUUAGGAUGGAAGGAGAAAUUCAUCUCCAAGGCUGGUCGAGAAAUACUUAUAAAGACAGUUGCACAGUCCAUACCGACUUACUCCAUGAGCUUAUUCAGGCUUCUAAAAGCAAUGUGUGACGCUAUCAACUCGACCUUGGCCAAUUAUUGGUGGGGACAGAAAUAUGAUGAGAGAAAGAUCCAUUGGGUGAGCUGGCAAAAGUUGUGUACGGACAAGAAUAGAGGAGGUAUGGGUUUUCGGGACAUCGACGCUUUUAAUCUUGCAAUGUUGGCCAAGCAAGCAUGGCGUCUGCUUCAGGGCACUCAGUCUUUGUUUUAUCGAGUGUACAAAGCACGUUAUUACCCUAACUGCACAUUCUUGGAGGCCCAGCUGGGACACAAUCCUUCUUUCGUAUGGCAGAGUCUUCUAACUGCUCGGGAGGUGAUCAUUGCGGGAUCAAGAUGGAAAAUUGGAGACGGAAAGCAUAUUGGUGUCACUACGCACAAAUGGCUGUCCCAUGUCCCUAUUUUCAACGGUGAACCCGCUCCUGAGUUGAAAGUUAGUGAUUUGAUAGAUGAGGACACAAGAUAG